UUGGGUGUUUGAGAUAAAUAAUUUAGCAGAAUCCAAAAAAACGACCAGACACGGAGACUUCCUUACCAGCUGAUCUUCUCCAUGGCGGCAACACAGACUGCACCAGUGCCUUAUUGCAAUACUACCAGUCAGAAUGACCGAAGGUGCAUACAGUAUGUGACUGUGCGCGCUAAUGCAACAAGAGGAUCACGAAGCAAUAAUACGUCACCUCCACCGUCAUCUCCGCGUCCACUGUCAUCUCCGCGUCCACCGUCACUAGGACCGAUUUCAUCACCUCGACCAACAAGGUCACGACUUCCACCAACAUCGUCACCUUGGGGUACAGAUUUUUCUGGAGAUUUCCUUUCCAAUCACAAGAGUACUGAUAGUCAACAUAAAGCUACAACAAUAGGUAUUGUAAUUGGUACAACAAUGCUUUUGAUGCUUAUUGUUUUGAUAGUCUAUUGUCUCAAGCGAAAGUGCUUUAGGAAGAAAGAUAAGAAAAACAUUGCAAAUAUUAAGGCAUUCUUGAGGAGCCAUGAUUUAGUAUUUCCCAGAGAAUAUAGCUAUUGGGAGAUCAAGAAAAUGACCAACUUUUUCGCGGAAAAAUUGGGUCAAGGAGGAUUUGGCGGUGUAUACAAAGGAAAACUCCCAGACGGCCGUCUUGUGGCUGUUAAAGUCUUGAGUGAUUCAAAAAGCAACGGAGAGGACUUCAUUAACGAGGUUUCCAGUAUCAGCAGAACUUCUCAUGUUAAUAUUGUAUCUCUUUUAGGUUUCUGCUACAAGCCUAAAAGAGUCCUCAUUUAUGAAUACAUGUCAAAUGGGUCUUUAGACAAGUUGAUAUACAAUCAAGGAUCUUCGGAUACAAACAGUUGCCAAUUAGAAUGGAAGAUGUUGUAUGAAAUCGCUCUCGGCAUUGCGCGGGGAUUGGAGUACCUACACCGAGGCUGUAAUACGAGGAUUUUGCAUUUUGACAUUAAACCUCACAAUAUUUUGUUGGAUGACAACUUUUGUGCAAAAAUAGCUGAUUUUGGUCUCGCCAAGCUAAGCAAAAGGGACCAAAGCACUGUGUCUGUGUUAGGUGCGCGAGGAACUAGGGGAUAUAUCGCUCCAGAAGUCUGUUCCAAUCACUUCGGAAGAGUUUCUUUUAAGUCAGAUGUAUAUAGCUACGGAAUGAUGGUUCUUGAAAUGGUCGGAAAGAGAAAAAAUAUGGAUCCUAACGUGUCUCAAAUCAGCAGAAUAUACUUUCCACACUACAUUUAUAAGCAUGUUGAAGCAAGUCGCGAUUUAGAUUUUGAUGGGAUUAAGAGUGAAGAGGAGGAAGAAAUUGCAAAAAAGAUGAUAUUAGUAAGUUUGUGGUGCAUUCAAACCAAUCCUUCAAAUCGUCCGUCCAUGAGCGGUGUCAUAGAAAUGCUGCAAAGUGGACUUCAAUCCUUACCUUUUCCACCAAAUCCCUUUCUAUCUUCACCUACAACGUCACCUGAACAUUCAGGAGCUUUGGACUAAAGAGAGCUAUUGGGUGUCCUGUUUCAUCUUUCUGGUGCACUUUUUUGUUUGACUUUUCUGAAACAUAACUGAAGUAUUUUUGAGACCAAACUUACUGGCAUCUUGUGAUUGAAUGAAACUUCAUAUUAAAUAUUUUAA